GGGAAAGUCGGCUCAUCCUUUUCCGUCUCCAGACACACACUCAACACACAGGCGCUGUGUGCUCAUCCCAGGACAACAAAACAUCCAGACAGAAAAUAAAGCAAAUUGCUGCAGUGCACCAUGGCUCAGGACGGGGUGAUACUGCAGUUCAACUUUCCCACCUUCGGGGACUCCAUGCUUCAAAAGAUGGAUGUUCUUCGUCGAGACAGACGUUUCUGUGAUGUUGUGGUCCGCAUCAAUGACUUGGAAGUCCCUGGACACAAAGUGGUCUUUGCAGCUGGCUCCCCUUUCCUUAGAGACCAGUUUGUGCUUCAGGGCUCACAUGAAGUACAGAUAUCUACACAGCAGGAUGCAGAAGUUGGACAGAGGCUUCUUCUGUCCUGCUACACUGGGGCACUGGAGUUUCCAGAGCUGGAAUUAGUACACUAUUUAACAGUUGCUAGUUUCCUCCAGAUGGGUCACAUUGUAGAGCAGUGCACCGAAGCUCUAAAUAAAUUCAUAAAACCACAUGAGGUCAAAGAUGAGUGUGCAUCAUCCCGACAGCCAUCGGACUUCAACACACAGCGUAGCCAGCCAGCUGUGGAGACAAUAUGUGAUGAAGAGGAGGACAAUGAUAGAGAAGAUGACUUUGAUGAUGAUGAUGAUGUGAUCAUACAGCCCAAGUCUCCACCUGUGUUUAGAAACUCUCAGAGCAAAAGCAGAGGAGAGGAGAGUCCCAUUAGCAUUGUUAAGGUAGAGUCAAUAGACGAGCGAAUGCCAGAUAACUUCCAGAGUCGCUCGCCAACACUACGCUCACCGGAGCCACAGCACUCCCUGAUAAACUCCACAGUGGAAACCCGACCUGUAGAAAUCGCCUCCAACUCCGCAACUGAAUAUUCCCUGUCUCCGCCUGGAUCCAGCGGCUCCAUGAAAGGGAAUCUUUGGGGAUGCUCAAGGAAUGCUGAUAAGGGUAUGCAGUGGUACCACCAGUGCCCUAAAUGUGCUCGCGUGUUCCGUCAGCUGGAGAACUACGCCAACCAUCUGAAGAUGCACAAGCUGUUUAUGUGCCUCAUGUGUGGAAAAACAUUUACCCAGAAAGGAAACCUACACCGGCACAUGCGUGUCCACGCUGGGAUCAAACCCUUCCAGUGUAAGAUAUGUGGAAAGACUUUUACUCAGAAGUGUUCGCUGCUAGACCACCUGAACCUUCACAGUGGGGACAAACCACACCGUUGUAAUUACUGCGACAUGGUGUUUGCGCAUAAACCAGUUCUCCGUAAACACCUGAAGCAGAUCCAUGGAAAAAACAGUUUUGAUAAUGCCAACGAAGGCAGUUUGCUUGAAGGACUAUAAAUUCAUGUUAAUGUCUAAAUAAUUUCUAUUAAUAUACAUGACGUAGACACAAUUUGUCUUGAAGACACAGUUCUGUAUAAAAGUGGUUCUCAGCCAGGAGGUCAGGGUCCACUAAUGGGCCCCAGUAAAGGCCUGUUCACUGCAAGGACCAUCAUUUUUACAAUAAUGAGAAAAGAUAUAGAUUCAAACAUCAUUCUAAAUGUCAACAAUAAAUGAGUCCACACCGUAACAAUAACAGCACAAUUAGAACAUAGAAGAUAAAAACAUCGACAGCCAAUCAGAAUCCAUUCCGUUUUAAAGAGUAUGAGCAUUUAAAGCAGGCGAUGACAGAACUGCAGCACGUGUUUAUAAUAAACAAUAUUAUUGUACGCUGGUGUGGACACUGAUAUAGUUAUCAUUAUGGUUAUCUUUAUAGUUAUCGGUCUUGGUUUGAUUGGUUUUUAGGUGUUAAAAUAAUUUAAAUGUAGUUAUAUUAAGAUUAUCUUAAUUAAAAUUCUAAAAAAACACCAAAAUAAUAAUUUACAACAUGAAACUAACUCAUGACAUUUUUAAGUGAAUUUAUAAAGACCAAAAAUACAUAAUAAAAAAGGUUGAGAACCACUGCUGUAAAUGAAUACACUAAAUUAUAAGAACUAAAUGAAGUGUUCGCUGAUUGGUCGAUAAAUGUACAAUCUGUUAAGUCAGGUUUAAUGUCAUUUUUCAUAUUGCAGGUUAAGGGAAUUGUACUAAGUUAAUUUUGAAUGCUGCUGUGGCAUCAUUUGGCUUUCAUAUCUUUUGUAAAGAUUAAAAUAUAUUUUUAAGUAUAUCUUAUCAAACCAUAUUUCAUGUUUGAAUGCUAAUGUAUAACUUCCUCAUUUGAAGACAGCUGUAUUUGAACACUACUGUGCAACUCUUGGUCUGUAAUAAAUGUUUCCAUCUGUGUAAACAUGCCAGAAUUCGGAGAAAAUUGCUGACUCACUUAAAAAUAA